AUGAAAGCCGCUCCGCUUUUGGUGGCCUGGCACGACGACAACGGUCCCAUCUAUUCUGCACACUUUGAACGACAGGGCAAAGGCAGACUCGCAACCGCAGGCGGCGACAGCAACGUCAGGCUAUGGAGCAUCGAAAGCAAUGCGGAUGAACGCAAGGUGACCUACCUGUCGACCCUCCGCAAGCACACACAAGCAGUCAACGUUGUCAGAUGGUGUCCUCGAGGAGAGCUCUUGGCUUCCGCUGGAGAUGAUGGGAACGUCCUGCUAUGGACGCCCGCCGAUAAUCCCGCCUACGCAUCGAGCCAAACGGUUCGCCAGAUCGCCGAGCACAACCAUUACGUGCAGGGCGUGGCAUGGGAUCCUCUGAACGAAUAUGUCGCAACGCAAUCCUCAGAUCGCUCCGUGCACAUCUACACCCUCAAAACCAAGGACGGCCAAUUCACCCUCAACCAGCACAACAAAGUCACCAAAAUGGAUUUGCCGACACGACGCAUAUCAUCGAACAGCCCAGCUCCACCAGAUCUAGGCGGGGCCAGCCACCGCGCAUCUUUCAUCCAGGACAUGCUCUCGGAAGCCAUCGGCUCACCAAAGCCGUCUGCGCCUGGCACACCACAAUCGCUUGCUUUGCCCAUGAAUCCACCACCGACCUCUCACAGCCGAAGGUCAUCGUUUGGUUCGCAGUCGAUGAGACGAUCCGUCUCGCCCAGUCCUUCAAUGCCACUACCUGCAGUCAUGCCGUCAGCGUCGCCGAGCAUAUCAGGCAGUAUUGGUCUCGGCGUGCGGAAUACGAAUAUCUACGCCAACGAGACUUUCACAUCUUUCUUCCGGAGGUUGACAUUCACGCCAGACGGCAGCUUACUGCUGACUCCAGCCGGCCAAUUCAAGACCACCCAUCCUGCUGCAGACGGGGGCAAGAACACCGAUGAGAUAAUCAACACCGUUUACAUAUACACGAGAGCUGGUCUGAACAAGCCUCCAGUAGCAUACCUACCGGGUCACAAGAAGCCUUCGAUUGCGGUCAAGUGUUCGCCAAUCUAUUAUCAGCUGCGCACUGCCAGUACUGAAACAAAGGAGAUCACCAUCGACACCCGAACGGAAGAGGACCUUGCGCCCUUGCCUGAACCAGCCAUGCCAUCUAAGGCCCCGACGUCACAUGCUGCAAUGGAGCCACCACCACUCAUGGGUGCGCCUUCGCCAGCUCCCAGCGCUACUGCAGCGUCGCCACGGCCACGUGCGGAUUCUGAGUCGAAUCCAUCCACCCCGCUGGCACCGCCCGGUCCUGUUCCCCAUUUUGGUCUUCCUUAUAGAAUGGUCAACCUGCAUUAUGCCACCUUUACUGAUCUCAGCUGGUCAGGCGAUGGCUUGACCCUCUUAAUGACAUCUUCCGACGGUUUCUGCUCAGCAUUGACCUUCGCCCCCGGCGAGCUCGGAGCUGUAUACCAAGGGCCUAUUGGAUCUGCUUCAACCUCGCGACCAUCGCCAGCGCCGAUAUCUGUUUCGAAAGCGAACUCAUCAACCGCUUCUACGCCUCAGCCAACACCGACCGGCAAUGCUGCUACAACGGCUGCUGUACCACGACAUUCUUCGACCAACAGCGGCUCUGGUCUCGCGCAGCCUACACCAAUUCCUCCACAUGCCGCCGCAUCUCCAUCGCCUUUUGCAGCUGCAGUACAGCGAGAGGCAGGUGUUCGACCGGCCAGUCCAGCCCGUAGCAUGUCUGCCUCCAGCAUAGCAACGGAAGCCAGCUUCGCCAAGAUACCGGACCAGAAUGCCGUGCCUGUAAUGAACAAUCCAACCCCCUCGAUGGGCGCCGUUCCUUCCAACGUUGCUGCUGGUUCAUCCAGUACCAACUCUUCGAUGCCCUUAUUCACGCCGCCCCAAACUCCAGGACAGAGUCAGAUCAACGCAUCCACAAGUCAAAACCCGCCCACAGUCAGCGGCGUAAAACGGGACAGCAACGCAGGCGUUCAAACAGAUUCCGAAGAGCAGGGACGCGAAAAGAGGAGACGGAUAGCACCGACUCCGGUCGAAGAUAACCCUCCUCCUGCAGCCUCUGGUGCUGGCGGAUCAUGA